AAAUUAAUUCGCACAUAUUCGAUAAUUAGAAAAAUUAUUCUUGAGAGCUUUGUUGCUCUCAAGUAGCCAAGUAGCCAUAACCAAGUAGCCAGUCUAUGAAUUCGUACUUGACUUACAACUCAAGGACGAUCGCUCGUCCUGUCUGGCUCAAGUAUUAAUUCGUACAAACGAGCCCAAAUUUCAGUUAUUGUAGGCAAUCUGUAAAAAGAGCAGCAGGAGCCUAGACAUGGCACUUUCUUUUAAAAGAAAGUGUUGCGCACAAAAAAACCGCCUCGUAUAUCCUUUGCUGAUAUCCUUUUCUCAAAUACCAGACGGCGUGCAAUCAGUGAUCAAAGCGGACGGAUAGUUUUCUACAGCAUAUAUGCACUGUCAUUGCAGAGCCUCCGUAAACAAGGCAACCAGGUCCAGGCCCAUCGAGCCCUUCGCUAAAUCCGGAAAGGAGAAGCCACGAUGUGCAGCGUUUUCACGCAGCAGACCUCACUUCCAUACGUCGCUGAAGCCGUCGUUCCUGUCGCAGUCGUUCCAGCGCCUGUGGCGGUCAAGAUGCAGUGUCGACCGCCACCACAAAAGUCCAGGGAGUCCCGGAGAGCCCGCACCAAAUCACUGGAAAGCGUCCUGGUACGCCUGGACGAUCCCUGGCAGCCCGAGUCGAGCACUGUGAUGAAAACAAGGCUGCUAACAAGCGUGUCGGAAGAAAGCCGCCCAGACGUGGGCAUUGGGCCUUCUAAGGCUGUCUCCGCCUCCAGUGUCGAGAGGGGUUCCUCGCAUCGAUUCGCAGACCCUAUAGUGAUCAGGCUGUUUCCGGCCUCAGGAAAGACCCGGCCCGCCACAACUGCAACUGAAAGCAAGACAACCGAAGCCAGGACUGCCUUCUGCCGAUGCGCGUGCGGGGAACGGCGAGAAAUACCGACUACUUCCACCGGAACGGACACAGAGACGGACCAGGCUGAGGUGAAGCGCCAGGGCUCGCGCAUCUGCACCGGCGGUGCAGGCCCAGUGGAGAAACAGGCGGCGACUGCUGCUGUAUUUUCGGAGCCGCCUGUCGGAAAGUCGCACCCACAGAAAAAAGUGAAUGGCAACCUCCGUUGCGGAAAGCCCACGCACAAGUUCACCCCUCGGCAAACACCGGAAUGAAGCAGAAGCACUUCGGUUGGGGCGAGGAAAACCGCACGGACAUGAAACGCUCGCCGUUUUCAACGACAGGCGAGCGCGACUAGUCAGAACUCUACCGAUUUAUUUAUAACUUGUACCUAUUUCGAAGUGCGAUUAUGCUGUAGCAUCGCUAGCAUGAAAUAAAUUUUCAUUCUUGUAGUCUA